UUGCCGCUAAUUGUUCCAUUUGCAACUCCUCCGAUGGGAACAUCCAAACUUCCGUUUCUGCUCGAUUGCUUCUCUUUUAAGCUACCAAAAAGCCCCAUCUUUGUCAAUCUCAUACAAACUUUGAUCGCAAUGGAACUCUGUAAACUAUGUAGAGCUUCAAUCGUUUUGCUGGUCACAGCCAACUUGAUCUUCACUGCACAAAGUAUACCCACUACUUUGGAAGGCCCAUUCGAGCCUGUGACUCGCCGUUUCGAUCCAUCACUGCGCCGAGGCAGCGAUGACUUGCCCAUGGAUCAUCCAAGGUUGAAAAGGAACGUCACCUCGAUGUUUCCUGAGCAGAUUGCUCUCGCACUAUCCUCGCCUACAGCAAUGUGGGUUUCCUGGGUUACCGGAGAUGCUCAGAUUGGUCUUAAUGUGACUGCCCUUGAUCCGUCAACCGUUGCCAGUGAGGUCUGGUAUGGGAAGCAAAGGGGGAAGUAUUCCCUGAAGAAAACCGGGGUUUCGACUGUUUAUAGUCAGUUGUACCCAUUUGAGGGCCUUCGGAAUUACACCUCUGGCAUCAUUCAUCAUGUGAGGAUUGAUGGUCUUGAACCUGGAACUAAAUAUUUCUACAAAUGUGGUGAUAGUUCUAUUCCAGCUAUGAGUGAAGAGCAAGCCUUUGAAACUUUACCAUUGACCGGACCCAAUAGGUACCCUCGUCGAAUUGCAGUUGUUGGAGAUUUGGGUCUCACAAGCAAUUCAACUUCUACCAUCGAUCAUCUGAUAGAAAAUGAUCCUUCAAUGAUUUUAAUGGUUGGAGACUUGACUUAUGCAAAUCAAUACCGGACAACUGGUGGAAAAGGAGCUACAUGCUUUUCAUGUGAGUUCCCAAAUGCACCCAUUAGGGAGAGCUAUCAACCCCGUUGGGAUGGCUGGGGAAGAUUCAUGGAACCCCUCACAUCAAGGGUUCCUAUGAUGGUCAUUGAAGGCAAUCAUGAAAUUGAGCCUCAAGCUGCUGGAGUCACUUUCAAAUCAUAUCUGACAAGAUUUGCUGUUCCUUCAGUGGAGUCUGGCUCUAACAGUAAUUUUUACUACUCUUUCGAUGCUGGAGGGGUGCAUUUCAUCAUGUUGGGGGCGUACGUUGACUAUAACACUACUGGUGCUCAGUAUGCUUGGCUAAAGGAACACCUACAAGAUAUAGAUCGCAAAGUCACCCCUUGGCUGGUAGCUGGAUGGCACUCCCCUUGGUAUAACAGCUAUUCAUCACACUAUCAGGAAUUUGAAUGCAUGAGGCAGGAAAUGGAAGCACUUCUAUAUCAAUAUGGUGUUGAUAUUGUCUUAUCAGGUCAUGUGCAUGCUUAUGAGCGGAUGAAUAGAGUCUACAAUUAUACACUUGAUCCAUGUGGGCCUGUUUACAUAACAGUUGGGGAUGGUGGAAACAUAGAACUAGUUGAUGUUGAUCAUGCAGAUGAUCCUGGGAAAUGUCCUUCAGCAAGGGACAAUAUACCAGAAUUUGGAGGGGUAUGCCAUUUGAAUUUUUCAUCUGGUCCUGCAAAAGGAAAUUUUUGCUGGGACAGACAACCAGAAUGGAGUGCAUACAGGGAGAGCAGUUUUGGACAUGGAAUACUCGAGGUUGUGAACUCUACAUAUGCAUUAUGGACUUGGCACAGAAAUCAAGAUAUCUAUAAAGAAAACAGUCAUGGGGAUCAAAUAUACAUUGUCCGGCAGCCUAAAUUGUGCUUUAUGGGCUCAAAAGAAACUAAAGUCUUGUCGUCAUCACAAAAUACGAAAACCACCGGUGGAUAUGGAGUCCCUUCUUCUGGUAGCUUUAUCUGCUACCUCUUGUUCUUCAUGCUUAUUUUGCUUUAUUUGUCCUGGACUAAGCUUCCAGGACAGAGAGCAAGAGUGAGAAAAAACAUGAGAGUGAAUGAAUAGCCAUUUCAGAUAAUCCCAGCAUGAUUCAAUAGUCAUUUCUUGGUCAUAUGAUGCCCAGUACUCGAGGUUAAUGGAUGGUGGGUCUCUAUAUGAAUUUGAAUUUCAACAUCAGAUACUGCUGUCUUCGUAUUAUAAUGUUUGGCAUCACUGUUGGGAACCUGAACAUUUAUCAUUGAUUGCGUAUACCACCUGUUUAGUGAGAAGAGUUCUAAAGCAUACUAUUAUGCAAACUAAUCAUGGAUUCAAAUUAUGCUAUAAUGUUUGGCAUCACUGUUUGGUAUAAGUUAAAUGAUUUUGUUCCAGUUUAUGAACUGGAUAUACUGAGCAUGCACAGGAGGAAACUGUAGGGGCCCUUGAUCAGUUUUUUGCUUCGAAGGCAUCCAUACAAAUAGAUGGGAGACAGAUGGGGACAAUUAUAGCUGGCAGAUUGUUUUGGAUGUUGUUUCAAGUUUUUAAUAUGGGGGCAUGAUUAUCAAUGCCAUAUUCAAGGAACUGCUGUUAGUAUCCACACAUAUCUGGAUAACCUGAUGAUAUUGUUCUUCUUGUAUGCAUUAUUACCUGUAGGGUUAAAUUUCUUUUCAAACUUCGUUUUCUCUUUGUUAUUUUCUUUUCUGCUUUCCCAAAAGGCGAUAUCAAUUUCUGCUGGUUCUACUUUGGGGGACCAACAAUUCAGUUCCAGUCACUCAGGGCAUUGAUUCUCUUCUUACUCUUAAAAGAAUGUUUAAUGCAUCUACCAUAGAGGCUGCUGGAAAGGGUGGAGAGUAAAUUUGCGGCAACAAAUUUUCUGGUUCUGAAAAUUUACACUUGUAUUACCACUGUCACGAUGCAGGAUGAUGAUGUCGCGCCAUCAUCGCCGCCAAUGGACUCUGCCGGUGGAUCCUGGAACCCCCAGUCUGGUGGCUUUAUGAUCUAUUAUUUCUUGCUUCUCAUCUUAAUUUCCCUCCAGUGUUUGUAAAUGAAAGCUCUUUCAUUGUUCUUCCUCCUCUUCAUGUCCUCUGGUGGUGUUGUGGCUUGCUAUAGCCCGUCUGUGGUUGCCAUUGUUUUGCUCAGAAUGUGCUAGUGCUGUACAUUAUAUUGACCACAGUUUUGACAUGUAAACUGUCGAGGGAAGUUACUCUCUACUACGUUUUCAUCUUCCUUUA